CCUGCCUGGCUCCCUCCGCUCCCCUGGAAACCAUUAGCCAAUCAUUUAUUCUCCUUCUCGUGGAUGCGCCAAUAUGAGAAGACCUCUCAAACAUUCACCUAAACACUUCCAUAAACAUGAUUUCUUCGAUGCCUUACCAGACGACCUCGUCCUCUUCAUUCUCUCAAAGCUCAGCCACACUGCUUCUUCUCCUUCUCAGUUUAUUACUGUUCUGUUAACAUGCAAGAGACUGAACCAACUGGGUUUGAAUCGACUGGUAUUAUCCAGAGCCGGCGAAAAAAUAUUUGCGGUGAAAGCCAAAAGCUGGUCUGAAGAUGCCCAUCGGUUUCUCCGGCGAUGUGUUAGUGCUGGCAACGUCCAUGCUUCAUAUACUCUCGGAAUGAUCCGGUUUUACUGUUUAGAAAAUCGAGAUAGCGGGUUUAAGCUUAUCGCACAAGCGGCUACGAGAUCUCACGCGCCGGCGUUGUACUCACUCGCGGUUAUACAGUUCAACGGAAGCGGUGGAUCCAAAAGCGACAAGGAUCUCAAAGCCGGCGUAGCUCUGUGUGCCCGAGCGUCUCUUCUCGGCCAUAUCGACGCUCUUCGCGAACUAGGCCAUUGCCUUCAAGACGGGUAUGGGGUCACUCGGAACAUCGCGGAGGGACGGCGCUUACUCAUCCAAGCUAACGCGCGUGAGCUCGCUUUCGUCUUACGUUCCGUUUCCAAAUCAUUUCCCUCCCGGCUCCGCUCCUCCCUGCUGAAGGGGCGCCUCCACCCGCAGCUUGGGAACAACGCAUGCCGAAUGGAGUGGACUUAUCCGUUGCUUAGUGAUUACGGGUAUAACGUCGCGGUGCCGGAGGUGCAUCCGGCGAACAGAUUCCUGAGGGAUUGGUUCGAGUCGGGUCGUGGGGUGUUAGGGGAGGAGCUGAGACUGUGCGCGCACAUUGGGUGUGGGCGGCCGGAGACACGGCCACACGAGUUCCGGCGAUGCUCCGUUUGCGGGAAGGUGAACUAUUGCUCGCGUGGGUGCCAAGCGCUAGAUUGGAAGUUACGACACAAGGUGGAAUGCUCGCCGGUUGACGCGUGGGUGGGGGAGAACGUCGGUGUCGGUGGUGGUGACGCUGUUAGAGGAGGAAAUGGCGAAGGUGGUGCUGACGUGGUACAUAACGGGGUGGCUCAGAACAUGGAGGCUAGAUGAAGAAGUAGAUUUUAGCUUUUCUUUUUAAUUAAUUUAUUUUUAUGGUGUUUCAGUGUACAGACGGAGGAAGAAAUUAUUUCUUUUGGGAGCAACUCAAUCACAGCUCCUUUUUGGCCAAAAAAAAAAAGUCUACAAAAUCGAAAAAAGUGACUUUAGGUGUUAAUACUCCUGCAUAUUUAAA